AUAAAUGGUUUACUUCUAACGUGUUUCUGAGUCCUUCCACGUUUUUUGUUAUUUCCUCAUUAAAAACAGGAUUAUUUAGGCACAUAUUUCUGGCCAAAAUCUGCGUCAACGAUCCCAGACAACUGUGUCCGUUGGACGUGGCAGAACAACGUUUUUCAAUAAACACAAAAAAGUAACCGAUCCCGCAAAACAGGAUCCGGAUUAUUUCGAGAAGGCUGCUCGACAACUUCCUCUAGACGAGAAUUAUAUCGAUGCUUUGGGUAAACUCUAUUACGAUAAAGUUGGAUCGGAAAGAGAUUUAGAACUGAAGGCUCAUGAUAAUCUAGUCAGUAUUGUGUUAGACAUAACAUUUGGCUUACCUGAUUUGGAUUUUAAUGCCCCUCGAUAUCCAUACAAAGGUCUGGAUGUGUUGGAGAAUGCACCAGAAAGUGUGAAGAAGAUAUUCAGUAUUGGGUUUGGUACUCGUCGAGAUAUGACUUCAGAGUGGAAAGCUCAGCUUAUCGGCAAAGUCAACCAGCAUUCCUUGGAUAACAGCAGUUUUGAAAUGAAGAUCGCGUGGAUGACUGCCCUUAUUCGGCAUUGGUCAAUGCUUGUUGAGGAUAUUUCGAAAGAAACAUCUAAGAAGCCAACUUGGUUGACGCAUCGUAUUUGGCUCGUUAUAAAUUUUAGAAGAAAGCUGCUCCGUUUAUUAAGAGAGAAGGAUAGCGAUGCCUUUGAACGGGUAAUAAACGAACUGAAAAUUUCAUACCAUGUGCAAAAGCAACCAGAACAUGUGAAGACGAGAAAGGCUUGGGCUGAGGCCCAGCUUCGUGCAAGAGUCGAAGAAGAAAAGGAGAAGCGUCUGGAAGAACUGCAUCAACGAUAUAUCAUGGAAAGAAAAGAGAAGUCUGUGGAAAUGGAGGAACGAAGAAAAGCACUCAAGAAAGAGCAACAAGAGGUUGAACAACGUCUGCAUGGUUUAUUGGUGUUGGAGGGUAAGGUGACAGAUACCGUUGGACAGUACCAUCCCUCUCUGAUUGGCAGCCUCUCCGAAGCUGUUAUGCACUCAGCGUUGUUCUACCACCCCAAACCGGAUAUGGUAAAGCAGUGUUAG